UGACGUGUUUGACAUUAAAGAAUCCAAACAUUGGGCCCCCUUCGACACUGUUUUCACAAUGGAAGCCCUAAAAAAACAUGCCGGAAGAUAGGUUUUGGUUAACCAAGCGUCUUAUUGUGAUUGUUUUGUUUCUGUAUUUUUUGUACGUUUGGAAGGAGCUGUGGGGGUGAUGUCGAAGCACCGGGUGUCGUACUUUUUCAACCCCGACGUGGGUAACUUCCACUAUGGUACGGGGCACCCCAUGAAGCCGCACCGACUCUCGGUUAUUCAUAGUCUGGUUUUAAACUACGGUUUACACAAGCAGAUGCAAAUUUAUCGACCGUAUAAAGCUAGUGCUCAUGACAUGUGCCGGUUCCACUCGGACGAAUACAUAGAUUUUCUCCAGAAAGUGACCCCUCAAAACAUCCAAGCUUUCACUAAGCACUUGAGUCAUUACAACGUGGGCGACGAUUGUCCGGUUUUCUGGGGGCUGUUCGACUUCUGUUCCAUGUACACAGGGGCGUCGUUGGAGGGCGCAAUGAAACUCAACCACAACCACUGCGAUAUUGCGAUCAACUGGUCAGGGGGGCUGCACCACGCCAAAAAAUUCGAAGCCAGCGGCUUCUGCUACGUCAACGACAUCGUAAUCGGAAUUUUAGAAUUAUUAAAAUACCACGCACGAGUUUUAUACAUCGACAUUGACGUCCACCACGGAGACGGUGUCCAGGAGGCUUUUUAUCUGACUGAUCGAGUGAUGACGGUCAGUUUUCACAAAUACGGCAACUAUUUUUUCCCAGGGACUGGCGAUAUGUAUGAAGUAGGGGCUGAAAGUGGGCGCUACUACUCGGUAAAUGUACCGUUAAAAGAAGGCAUUGACGAUGCUAGCUACUGGAUGGUGUUCAAACCGGUUAUUUCGAGUGUCAUGGAAUUUUUUCAACCCACAGCGAUUGUUCUACAAUGUGGGGCCGAUUCCCUUGCAAAUGACCGUUUGGGGUGCUUUUCUUUGAGCACGAAAGGUCACGGGGAAUGUGUUAAGUUCGUUAAGAGUCUCAAUGUGCCCACUUUGGUGGUAGGGGGCGGCGGAUACACUCUACGGAAUGUUGCUCGGUGUUGGACUUAUGAAACUUCACUGCUGGUUGAUGAGCAAAUUUCGAAUGAGCUGCCGUACACUGAGUACUUGGAGUUUUUCGCCCCCGAUUUUACGCUACAUCCGGAGGUUGUGACGAGGCAGGAGAAUGCCAAUAGUCGACAGUAUUUAGAAGCCAUCACGAAGUUCGUUUGCGACAAUUUAAAAAUGUGUCAACACUCUCCAAGUGUCCAAAUGCACGACGUUCCUGGAGAUGCCAUUCCAGAAGAAGAUAAAAUUAAAGAGGAAGAUGAUCCAGAUGUCCGGAUCAGUCAGGAUUUGGAGGAUAAGAUGGUGGACGCGAAGAAUGAGUUCUACGAUGGCGAUAAGGAUAAUGAUAAGGAAGAUAUGGAGACUUAGUUUUUAUAAGUUUUAAGUAAUAAAAUUUAAUUUACAUUUGUGGCUUCCCAUUGGUGCGAAGUUUGCCGAAA